AUGGUGCCAAUUGUGGUAUUUCUGCUUUUCAGAUAUGGUGAUUCCAGUAAGCCUUUGAACAGCAGCAAGUCUGUGUGUGGAAGCUGGGUAACUCAGAAAAAGUGGGAGAGCCUUAACUUUAACAUCAGCAGAAAGACACAACUUUUCCUGAAACUGGAGGAUUUCUUCUGGCGGGAGCAUCUUUCUCCACUUUCAUUACCUUAUGGCAUUAAAGGCAGUGAGUUGCUGUUACUUCAAGUUCUUGUUAAAACAUCCAACUACCAUGUGCCAGCCAGCAUUGAGAACCUUGGGUGCAGAACCUGCGUUGUCAUUGGCAAUGGAUUUGUCAUUAAAAACAGGUCCUUGGGAAGCAUCAUCAAUAACUUUGAUGUUGUUAUUAGGUUAAAUGAUGCUCCGGUAAGGGGCUAUGAGGAGGAUGUGGGGAACAAGACCACCAUGAGGUUCUUUUACCCAGAGUCCGCCUCCUACAACCCAACACUGCACAAUGACCCAGACACACUCAUGGUUCUGGUGCCUUUUAAACAGCAAGACCUGCGCUGGCUAAAAGAGAUCAUCUAUAAUGAGAAGAGGGUCAGGAGAGGCUUCUGGAGGCCUCCACCUCAAUUCUGGUUGGGCGAUGUCAGUAAAAUCCGAGUGCUGGACCCUCAUUUUCUGCAAAAGACGGCAGAUAAACUUCUCAAGAUUAGAUCACAAAAGGGGAAACGGAUUUCCGUGCACCCCACCACGGGCAUCCUUGCUGUCUUUGUUGCACUCAACUACUGUGACAUUGUUCACAUCGCUGGUUUUGGGUAUCCCACUUCACAGAAUGUGCGACAGCCCAUCCACUACUAUGGAUACGACACUAUGAAAUCCAUGAAGAAUUCCUACCAUGAUGUUAAUAUUGAAGCCAAAGCCUUAAAACGACUGGAGGAUUUAGGAGCCAUUUUUUACCUGCACCCACAUUUAUGAUGCAAAGCUCUUUUCCUUUAAAGUCCAAUUUCUGAUCCCAGCAUUAAUUGUGGGAAUAAGUCCUCUCAUUCUAAUUUGACUAAGUGCCUUUUUGCAUUCGGAUUAAAUACUUUGCACAUCAAAUCUUUCUAAGGUUACUUGACUGUGAAGUUUCACUCUGGUAUUUCAGCUCAGCAUUUUUCAGACUUUUUUUUCAUAUCUAAUACAACCUUGCAUGACAAUCUUUAACUCUGGGAACAAAUUACUUCUGUGGAGGAAUCCCAGAAAGUGGCCUCAUAAUUAGAUGCAAUCUUUCAAAGCCUUGCAAUAAAAUACAUUUGUUCAAGCAGUAUUGUUUGGUUUUGCUCUUAGUCUCUCUAAGGUUUGGGACUAAUAUUCAGGUCUGUCAUCCAUCCUUUUGAUAGAAAAAAAUAUCCACAAAAAUAUCACAUUUACUUGUGUUGUUUCAUGGUUGAGGAAUACUUGCUGAAUUCUGCUAUCAUUUAAUCGUUUAAUUUAUUUGUCCAUUCUGUUAAACUGGAUAUUUUUGUACGUUUAAAUAAAUGCAUAAUUAAA